AUGCUGCCGUUUAUCGUCUCACGCAACGCUCAACUCAACCAGGAAUUCGGUUUCUUCCCCACUGCACCACCCCAUGCUCAAGGAGGUUUGUUCGAGCUCAGGACCUACCAGUUGAAGCCCGGUACUCUUCUUGAAUGGGAAUCCACAUGGAGACGAGGCAUCGAGGCGCGUCGCAAAUUUGUCGCUCCUGUCGGAGCCUGGUUUUCUCAGAUUGGUCGGCUCCACCAAACCCACCAUCUUUGGCAAUACCCUGACCUUCAAACUCGCAAGGAGCUCAGACAGAAGGCUUGGCAAAUUGACGGCUGGGCAGAGACGGUCUCCAAGACCUCCAAGUUGGCGGAGACUAUGGACUCUUUCAUUAUGUCCCCGCUUUCCUUCAGUCCCCUCAAAUGA